UAACCCCCUAGACCUAAUCCCUAAUUCUAACUGUAAACCCUAAACCUAAAGUAGAAUCUUCCUUGUGGGGUCCAGCAAAAUGACCCUAGUUGGGAUAUUAAAACCAAAAAAACACACACAGAGCGUAAUGCUCUGGCUUACUGCUUCUGAAACAUCAAACUACUCCAAAAAGAAAAGUGUGCGCAUAGUAUAGAGUCAAGUCAAAAGGCAACAAACAUUUUGGCAUAUUUACUUAUCGGGAAUUAAUGAGGACCAAGAUCUCGCAUGCGCCGUAGUAGCCUACUCGCCGCUUUAAACCAAGGCUGGACAGAUGUUAAGCAGCCUGGUUGAGGGGUGAAACUUCGGGAAAAGAUUUUAAAGAGGGAGCUGAAGAGUCAACGCUGACCAUAUUAAUGUAGGGACAAAAUAAAUAACGGGCAUCAUGUUGAGAAAAUAGUUCCAGAUAUGUCAACAGCAGGAGCGACGCGGAAAUGUCCACAACCGAGCAACAGCCAAAUCGAGUCUGUGGUAGAGGAUGACAGCAGCGGGGUCCAGUGGAGCGGUCAACGCCGUCUGCACCCAAGACUCCUCCCACUCACCUAAGACAACCUGCCCACAAACCACAUGGCCCUGCCCACUCUGCUUCCCACGGCAACAGAAGGAUGAGCUCGAAGUCAGACUCCGCCUCCGCUCCCCUCCUGGGGCGUGGCUACUAGCGGGCGUUGUCGUGGUGAUGGUGGGAAUGUUUGUGGCCGUGGCCGGGUAUGCUAGCUCCACCCCUAACCCUGUGGGUGGGCGAGGCAGCUCCCACAGCGAGCGAAUGAAACUGCUCGGCCCUGUCGUGAUGGGCAUCGGCCUGUUCAUCUUCAUCUGUGCUGGAACCUUGCUGUAUGAGAACCGGGACCGUGAGAACCGAGAGCGUGAGAACCUUGAGAACCCUGAGGAGCAGGGGAAACGCAAACACAAGAAAACAAGGGAAUGGCGCCGGGAGAACCGUAAUUAUGAGGAUGUGGAACAGGGGAACCAGAGAGAGCCCUCAGACAGACACUCCCCUCUCCCUGAGGAGUGCCCGCCCCCCCUGCCUCCCAGAGUGCCUAGACAGGAGGGGUCAGAGUUGAACGUUCUCUCUGUGGGGGCGCUGAGCUCACUGCUACCAGGGGAGGGACAGGGGCGUGAAGAGAGAGUCAGAGAGGUGGGGGGUAAAGGGGGGUCAACCCUGCUGACCAGAGUCCUGCACCACCAGGACCCCCCCUCCUCCUGUCCCUCCCCAGCCCCUUCCUCUGUGUACUCUGACUCCUGUAACUCCAGUGAGAUCAACUAUAACGUUCAGACAGGCUCCCCUAUCCACUCUAUUCUCCAACUCUGAGAUACUACUGUACUCACAUCUGUACACGCUUUUCUAAAUAAAUGCACCACAUAUUUCUCCAUCUCUCUCUGUGGUUUCUAUAGGCUGUAGAUGCAGUGGAGUGUGUUGGGCAUCUCUCUCUACCCCUCUAGGAUGGGCAGGGCCAGGGGGAGACAGGGCUAGGUGACGUCAGCUAGUUGUUGUGUAGUAAAGUCUCUCUCAGGGGUGUUUGACUGUAUUUGGGCUUAGGGGAGGAUUCCACUGCAGACAGUGACUGUAGUGCCAUCCUGAAUGAUGCACGCACACACACUAAAUACGGCCAGACAUUCCACUAUGGAACAGGCUGCUUUGGAGAACUUUGAUUCAUGAUGUCGUUUUAACUGUAACUCAAAGUUUUAUCUAAUAUUAGUGACUCUGUUUGUCAUGGCUGUUCUGCUAUAGGGUUUCUGUUUACACACACCCAAACUUGGCUCAAGAGAUGGACGGAAAUCAUAGCAAUGAAAACAAAGUUAAUGCCUUCUCAUAGUUGGCUGUUGGCUGUCUACAUGCUUACUCUUUACUUGAGUUAGAUGUUACUACCCACUGGCCAAUAACUGGUCGAAUCCACGUUGUUCCACUUCAUUUCAACAAAACAUUUGCAAAAAGUCAUCAACGUAAGGCAAUUGCGUAAUUUUCCCAACUUUUAACCCAAAUCCAAUGUCAUUGUGAAUUUGUUUUGUUGAAUUCACGUUAGCUGACAACUCUACCAAAUGUGCCCAGUCUGUUUGCAGUGCAUAUAUGAAGUAUAUCUUUGCAGUGUGUAUGCAGCAAAACUUUGGUCUUUAAGGUACACAAAACCAUUAGGAAGUUAGACUGGGUUUAAUUGAAUAGAGCCCACAGACACAGAUGCAGUAAAAGGGGGGAGGAGGAGGGAGAGAUGAAGGGGAGAGAGGGAGGGGGGGGUUUAAUUGUCCUGAGUGUUCUCCUCCAGCCUCCAAUUACACUGUAGAACCGACCAAGGGUUUUUUAUUGGUAUUUCAGGACUGCAGAGUAUUUCCUCUGUUGUUCAGACACAUGCUGGGAUAAUGCCAUUGAGAUUAGUGAGGAACGCCAAGACUGCCUUGCCCUGCACGGCCAGACACAUGUACACGACACAGGCACAACACACACACACAACCGCAUGCAUGCUUUCACACAUGCUAAACCUCUCACACCUCGUACUGCUUUUGAACCCAUUAACCCCUGUUCACCACCAGUGACACUACCAGGGAUAGACCAGUACUUGGUUUCUCACUUCUGACUAUGCUAAAACUGGGAAGUGUGUGUUUUUUGUGAGUUUAAUGCAGCAGCUGAAUUAUGUGGUCAGUCAGUGUUUGAUUGCUGGACUGUAAUCCUGAACAUCAGAUUAAAUUCACAUGUAAUCCCUGCCUGACCCUAACACUUACUCUCACAAUGCUCCACCUAUGGCCUCCCAUAACACACACAAGCACACACCCUCUGUCCCACACGGAGAUAACCUGUGCAUUGUAUUUCUACUCUUGCUGUUGCCUAGGUUUGUUUAACUGUCUCAGUCUGUCUCUGUGUUACGCAAUCCCACAAACAGGACAGUUGUUUUAGUCUCCCUCUAAUGUCAGUCAUACAUUUUAUUAGAGUUUAUGCAGGAUCAGUACUGUGGGACUAGGAGCACUGUCUCUAAGCUGCUUAACUCCUCGCUGAGUCAGACACGUGUGUUUUACCGAGGAGGGAGACCCUACUGGGGUUACAGGACCAGAGACAGAGUGCUGAAUCCUAACAUCAAUCCUAACAUGCAAAUCACAACUUUGUGCAAAUAUCCCAUUGAUCAGUAGAUAGUCAGGAUCUCAAGUUAGUGUUUCAACUUGGCACCGCAACAACACCUGGGACACCUGUGACCCACAGCAACAACACCUGGGAUUCACAGCAACAACACCUGGGGCACCUGGGAUUCACAGCAACAACACCUGGGACACCUGUGACCCACAGCAACAACACCUGGGACAUCUGUGACCCACAGCAACAACACCUGGGACCCACAGCAACAACACCUGGGACAUCUGUGACCCACAGCAACAACACCUGGGACCCACAGCAACAACACCUUCACAUAAAAUGAAGAUGAUCAGGAGGAGCAACGGGAGGAGGGGCCUCUGCAGUGUUUCCGCUGUGACCUGGGCUUCUGGGAUGCCUGCUACACCACCAAAACCAACUGCAAUAUCGGAGAGAAGUGCUACACUGGCCGAGGGAAGGCAGGUGAUGUGUUGGAAGUUAAGUUGCUGGGCUGUGUCAAGGCGAAGGAGUGUGAGCUGGUGACCAAUGUGGAGCUCUUCUCCAACACAACCAUUUACAUGAUGACCAGGCACUGCUGCAACACACACUUCUGCAACACCGGACACACACUACCCCUCAACACACUCCUCUCCCUGUCACUGACUACAAUAACCAUCAUCCACCUCUCCUCUCCCUGACAGUGACUACAAUAACCAUGAUCCUCACCUUCAACAGACUACAAUAACCACCAUGCAUCAUAAAGUCCCCAGCAGCACACAUUUAUUCAAUUUUCUUAAUUCUGUUAAUAUUCUGUGUUUAUUUGUCAAGGAAUAUGGACAGUAAUUAACAUAUGUAGAUGUGCCAGAUUGAGACAAAAGUCUCAUGUUAGAAGCUGUCUCUGGGCUUGGGAAAAUUGGUUAGAUGGUUAUAUGGAAUUCAAUUUUGAAUAAAUGUAAUUUUCUCAUUCUGUUGUUGGCAUAAACUAGAAAAGGAGACAGAAAAUAAAAUCCAAUCAUAUUUAUUGAACAUUUUGAAUUGUAACUGAAUAACAUAAUUUGAAUUUACAUUGUCCUCAAUCUUGGUUGGGAUAUUUUAAACACGUCAAAAUUACUUUUAUGUUCUCCUCCAAACCGAAAUAUUUCCAUAGAGAAUACUACAGUAUUUCCCAUUGACUUUAGUGUUAUGGUAAAUCCUAAAGUAGUAUGCAUCAAUCUCUCAGACCCAUAUUCACAGAUCUAGGAUCAUCUUAACCUCUCUAAAACCAUCAGCAUCUUGGGGCAACUUCCUCCUACAGUCAGUGAAGCUGAGGUCAUACUGGUUGGUAUACAGUAGUGUUGAUGUUAGACAGACAACAGUAGUGUUGCUGUUAGAGCAGGUCUCCUCCAGAGGGAAGCAACUCCUCCUUCAUGUAGCGCUGCAGAUCCACACUCUGGUCCUCAAGGUUCACACACAGAAACUUCUUCACCACACAAACACACCUGACAGGGACACACACACAAAGAAAACACCUGUGGGUGAUUAUGCGUAUGUAUUGCAGGCAGAAUAACUUAUAUAAAUGUUCAUCUGAGCCAUCUUUGUUCCAGGUGAAUGGUAACAGCUGAAUAAGAUGAGAAAAAGAAGAAACCUGCACACUGAUCUUGAUAGUAUCACUGCUCUUGAUAGUAUCACUGAUCUUGAUAGUAUCACUGAUCUUGAUAGUAUCACUGAUCUUGAUAGUAUCACUGAUCUU